AGUUUUUCCAGGUUAUGAAAUAAUGGGAGCUUAUCUGAACAAGCCAAUUAUCGAAAAAGAGAAGGAGGAAGGCUCUGGAAAUGGGCUAAGCUAUGCGUGUACCACAAUGCAAGGUUGGAGAGUCAAUCAGGAGGUAUGGAUUUUAAAAAUGUUGAAUAUUUUUAUUUAAAAAAUUUCCAGGACGCCCACAAUUGUGUAGUCGAUUUACACACAGACUGGCACAUGUUUGGUGUCUAUGAUGGUCACGGUGGCACAGAAGUCUCAAAAUUCACUUCUGCAAAACUUCCCGACUUUUUGAAAGAACGAAAGUUCUGGGAAGCCGAUGAUGUGGCCGAGUGUCUUCAGAAAGCUUUCGUUGAUUUCGAUGACUUCAUUCGUGCCGAGGAAUCGAUGAAGGAGUUAAAGGAUAUUGGAGAUGAGGGAAAACCGAAGAAAGCAGGCGGGGAAGCCGAUUCGGAAGAUGAAGCAGAUCGCAUUGACACAAUUGAAGAAGCAAGCGUUCCUCUUGCCGAGCUACUCAAAAGAUACGGUGGAGCUGGAGUUGGGAAAUCUCUUCUCUCUGCGUUUUUGGCUAAGGGAGAUGUUUCGGAUGACUCUGAGGAUGAGGAUGAAGACGAAGAAGAAGCAGAGGAACAAGAUGAUACUGAAGAAAAGAAAGAGAAUGAGGAUGCAUCUGCCGAAGUUGUCAUUGAAAAUGCUGAAGAUAAGGAAGAAGAAGAAGGAUCUCCAAAGAAGAAGGGACAAAAAAGAUGUCAAAAAUCUCCUAUUCAAUCAGAAGCCAAGAAAUCGAAAAGCGAAACGGAUGCGGAAACUGCUCCAUCUUCUUCAAGCGGCGUGGACGGAGUUGCAACUGAAGAAGAAGACGAAGAUGAUUCGGACAAGGAAUUUGUUGCGGAUGAGGAGGAAGAUGAUGAGGAUGCAGAAGACGAGCAAUCUGACGAGGAAAUGGUAGAUGGCAGCCUGGCUCCAUUGCUUUUGGGAUCCGGUGGAGCAGAGGUUCCUGGGGAGGAUUCUGGAACAACUGCAUGCGUUUGCUUGGUUGGAAAGGACAAGGUUAUCGUUGCGAACGCUGGAGAUUCUCGUGCCGUGCUCUGCAGAAAUGGAAAGGCUGUGGAUUUGUCUGUGGAUCACAAGCCAGAAGAUGAAGUAGAGACUAAUAGAAUUCAUGCUGCUGGAGGACAAAUCGAAGAUGGACGGGUCAACGGAGGACUGAAUUUGUCACGGGCUUUCGGUGAUCACGCUUAUAAGAAGAAUCAAGAAUUGGGGCUCAAGGAGCAGAUGAUCACAGCACUCCCGGACGUCAAAAUCGAAGCUCUCACACCAGAGGACGAGUUCAUCGUCGUGGCUUGUGAUGGAAUCUGGAACUCAAUGGAAUCUCAACAAGUCGUCGAUUUUGUCCGUGACCUUCUUGCAAAAGGAUCUUCAUGCGCCGAAGUGUGUGAUGCUCUCUGCGAUGCAUGCCUUGCCGAUUCAACUGACGGAGACGGUACCGGUUGUGAUAAUAUGACUGUUAUUUGUACGACUUUUGAUCGCAAAUCCAAGUGAUUAUAUCGUUAAAUGUUGGUUUUCUAGGUCUAAAAUAGUUCCGACAACAACGUUUUUUUCCCUAAAAUUCCCUUUUUCCCCCGUUUAGAUUUGCCAUCCGGAUUUGGAAAUUUUGAAUUCUAUGGUUUUUAUUACUUCAAAAGUACCGCCUCUCCCGUUUUUCAAAUUUAAUAUUGCAAAAAAUUUGGCAAAAUUUUUUAUCUUGUCGAAAAAUUUAGAUUUUCUCUUAAAAACACAAAAAAAAUCCUGAAAUUCACUGCUCUUAUCCUGAUGGCCGACAUUUCCCAACCACCACCACCCGUUCCACAUCACUUGAUCCUCAUCAUCAGUCGCUACUUUUUAUUCCCAUUCUCUUGUUUUUUUUUUAAAUUGUUUCUUCUCGUGUAACUUAUUCCUUCUUCGAUGUUUGCUCUUUAUCUUCUUUAUGAUAUUUACAAAAAUCAAAUUCCAAUGACAUCAU